AUGCCAUUCAGAAAUGAUCAUUCUUUACCAGACUACUACAUCACUUUUCACUGCGAUUGGCGAAUAGGUUCAGCAUAUUCAAUUUACCAACCAGACAAAACAGUUAUAAACGAACUAACCCAAAUAAUAAAUUCGUACGAUACACCAAAAAACCCUAAAUCAAAAGUACAUCAAAAAUCGACAUCAAAUAGAACAAGACACGGGACUACAGACCAACUUGUUUUGGCAACUGACCUGCCAUAUAGACGAAUAAAACGAAAGUACGAAGAUGAUAGUCCUUGUUCUCAACCAAACAUGUCAUUUGUCAUCACGUUUUAG